GGUGGGCCCAUGCUGAGCACUUUCGCGGCGGGCAAGCAGUCCCCCGAGUAGGCGGCCGAAAUCUGCGCUUGGCAUGGCAGGCGGGCAUCUCGCAUUCAGCCGACUGGCUACAAGAAAAUCCAAGACAGUCCCAUGCGCACGGCUUUCCCUUCUGGAGAGACGGGCGGAGUGACAGCAUGCCUUGGCCACCCCAGGCCAGCAUGCGGUCCUGGUCUUUGCAAGGGCCGCUGCACCUGCGGCGGCCUGACUUGGCGGGGGAGGGGCGGAGGGAGGGAAAAUCGCAUGAGCCCCAGACUUGGGGCUGCGGGCCACAGCUUACACAAGGCGAGGAGAGGAGGGAAGGCGGGGACGACGGCAGGACAAGAGGGGAGGAAGGGGCAGCAUAGCUGGCGCCCUGACCUGAGCUCAGAGGCCCGUCCUGGAAGACAGCCUGCUGCCAGGCCCUUCCGGCGCUCAGCGCCGGGCUGCCAGGCCCGCCGCCGCGGCGAGUGCCAGCGCCGGCGCCGUCUGGAGCACCGCGCAGCGGGCCGCGGCGCUCGUGGUGUCGCCCUCCACGGUGGUGUCCGUGAGGCGGCGCUCGUCGGCCAGCGUGGUGGACUCGUCCACCGCCGCCCCCACUUGAGCGAAGGACUGCAAAAAAAAACCACUUGAACGGAGGGUUUUUUUGCAAUCCGCCGCCCCCACUCGAACGAAGGGUUUUUUUGCAAUCCUUCGUUUUGCAAAGCCGCGUCGCCCACGAAAAGGAACGCGAGGAGCGCCAGGAGCAGGGUGCCGAGGCCGCCGUUGCGAGCCGCGGCGCUCGUGGUGUCGCCCUCCACGGUGGUGUCCGUGAGGCGGCGCUCGUCGGCCAGCGUGGUGGACUCGUCCACCGCCGCCCCCGCCGCGCUGUCGCCAGCGAGCAGCAGGGCGAACGCUGCGAGCACCAAGCGGUUCAUGGCAGCAGUGGGGGGGAGCAACGGCGGCCGGGGGCGUGAGAGAAAAGCCGCGGGCAAGAAUGGCU